AUGAACGAGACAUCAAAUCGAGACCACCAGGUCACAAGCAAAGAGAUUCUUGAUGUGGCGUUUGAAAAGAGUAAAUCAAAAUUCACCACACCACGACAGACAAUCCAGGAUACCGAGGAAUUACAAUCAUAUCAACAAACCAAAAGAAAAGAGUUUGAACAACAUAUCAACAAAAACAGACUAAACCUUGGCCAAUGGACACGUUACGCCAAGUGGGAGAUUGAAAACAACCAUGACUUUCCACGUGCAAGAUCGAUAUUGGAAAGAGCUUUAGAUGUGAAUAUCCAACAUGUACCCUUUUGGAUACAGUAUAUUCAGCUUGAACUAUCCCACAAAAAUAUAAACCACGCCAGGAAUCUAAUGGAAAGGGCUAUCAAUACUUUACCUAGGGUUAACAAAUUAUGGUUUCUAUACGUGCAAACUGAAGAAAUGCUUAAAAACUAUCCAAUGGUGCGAGCAGUAUUUGAAAGAUGGCUCGAUUGGCACCCUGACACUUCUGCGUGGGAUGCAUAUAUUAACUUUGAAGCACGAUAUGAAGAAAAAGAAAACGUCCGAACCAUAUUUAAGAAAUACGUUCACGAAUUUCCAAAUGCGGGGACAUGGUAUAAAUGGAUCAAGUAUGAAAUGGAAAAUAAUCGCGAUGAUGUGAACACCGUUCGAGCUGUAUUUGAAUCAGCUGUUGAUACCUUACUUUCGAAUAAACUGGAAGAAAACGACGACGACGAAGAAUUUGCUACCAUAAUUUCUAGUUGGACUAGCUGGGAGGUAUCGUGUGGAGAGGCCAGUAGAGCAAAUGAGAUCUUCAAAUUACUACUAGACAACAAAACUAAUAAAUUGGAGAUUUCAGAUCAAACCAAAAGUUCAAUUUACACUGCAUUUGUGGAGUUUGAAAAGAACUUUGGAAACAAGGACUCAAUUGAACAAAGUGUUUUGAUAAAGAGAAGAAUAAAAUAUGAACAAGAAAUCCAAAAUGACCCUUACGAUUAUGAUUCUUGGUGGAAAUACAUGACAUUAUUACAAAAUAGUCUGAAUAAAAGUGAUUUAGAAAAUGCAUUCAAAAAAGUCACAGGAAACGUUGUUCACGAUAAACAUAAAAGUAUAAAGUGGAGGCGAUAUAUAAUGUUCUGGAUUUGGUAUGCUUUUUGGGAGGAAAUGACCAAUAACAACCCUGUCUCAGCAAGAGAGAUAUGGAAUAAUUGCUUAAAAGUUAUACCUCAUAAGCUGUUUACUUUUGCAAAAGUGUGGAUUGGGUAUUCUGAAUUUGAGUUAAGAAACAGUGAGGAUGGAUUGGCCAAAGCUCGAAAAAUUUUGGGCCGUGCAAUUGGUCAAACCAGUAUAAACAAACCCAAAAUAAAGAUUUUUAAGUACUACAUUGAUUUGGAGAAAAAGUUGGGAGAUUGGAACCGCGUGAGGUUGUUAUUUCAAAAGUGGCUAGAAGUAUCUCUUUUGACAACAUCACUGUCUGAACUUGUUAUUGAAAAGUAUGUUGAAUUCGAGUCAUCAAUUGAAGAAUACGAUAGAUGUGACCUGAUUUUAUCUUCUGCACGCCAGUUAUCAGAGAAUCCAGAGUAUAGUUCCAGUUUCAAUUUGCAAAGAUUGUUAGAGAUAACAGUGGAAUUUUAUAAAGAAGAAAUGCAGUAUGACAAGAUCCGAGAAAUUUACCGAGCUCUAUUGGACAAGGAUCCGAAUGCUCAUAAUUGGAUUUCUUUUGCCUUAUUUGAAUCGAGUAUACCCUCAGCAGAACAAUUGGAAGAAUACCUACAAGGUGAUAAUGAAGAAUUUGAAGCCACAGUGGACGAGCUGCAAAUUGAGAGCACAAGAAAUAUAUUUGAAGAAGCUAUGACUUAUUUCAAAGACAAAGACGACAAAGAGAGUCGAUUGGUAAUAAUUGAAGCUUGGCGAGAUUUUGAAGAGGUUAACGGGUCUGACGAAAGUUUGUCUAAAGUAACCAAAAGAUUACCUGUAAUUGUCAGAAAAAGGAGAACAGUUGGUUCUAUUGAGGAAGAAUAUAUCGAUUAUAUUUUCCCAGACGACGAAUCCAAAAAAUUACCUGGUAAAAUGAGCAAGUUUUUGGCCAACGCUAAGAAAUGGGCUCAACAAAACUAA